ACCUGAAUACGAUCGGGAAGCCGGUUGGGAGUUUCGGGUCCAUAAUGGGUUUGCUUCUCAAGGACGACUUGUCGACGCGCGAUAGUGUUGGGAAAGUACACUUGGGGGAGAUGGGAGUGGCGUUUCUACAAGAGUGUGGCGACUGGAAGCGGCCAGCGGCCAUCUCAGGAACCGCCGACGUGGCAAUCUGCUUGAAUCACUUGACGUGUAUUCCCGAUGUCGACAAGGACGAGCACAACCUGUUGAACAAUUCUUAUGACGCGAAAAUCUGUUAUCAUUAUCGAGUUUUUUUGAUUACAGAAAAGUGUGAAGACAAUGAUAAUAGACAAAUAGAUUUUGGCAGCUUCAUGAUUCUAGUCGGUCUUUGAUGAUCGAUUUCCCUCGAUACGAAGCCGCCGUGUGGGAACUCCGUAAAUCGCUGAUGAAGAC